AUGAGCGAAAAGAGAAGAAUAAGCCUUGUAGCAGGCUCAUACGAACGCUUCAUCUGGGGUUUCACUCUCAACCCCAACAAACAAACCCUAAACCCUCUCUUCUCCUACCCUUCCCAUCUCUCCCUAAUCAAAUCCGUCGCCAUCUCCGGUUCCGUCGUCGCCUCCGGCGGCUCCGACGACACUAUCCAACUCUACAAUCUCUCCGCCGCUUCCUCCCUCGGUUCCCUCACCCACCACUCCUCCACCGUCACCGCUCUCUCGUUCUACUCGCCUCCUCAUCUUCCUUUCCCUCGCGAUCUCGUUUCUGCAGAUGCCGACGGUUCCCUCGCGAUCUUCGAUGCUGACGGUUUCGUUCAUCUCAAGACACUUCCUGUUCAUAAAAAGGCUAUCAAUGAUCUGGCUCUUCAUCCGUCCGGGAAGCUUGCCCUGACUGUUUCGCGGGAUAAUUGUUUUGCGAUGGUGAACCUUGUUCGUGGUCGGAGGAGCUUUUGUUGUCGGUUGGAUAAAGAGGCGUCAAUUGUUCGAUUUGAUGCUUCCGGUGAUUCGUUUUUCAUGGCUGUUGAUAAGGUUGUUUCUGUUCAUCAAGCGGAGGAUGCUAGAGAAUUCAUCAAAGUUAUAGAGAGAAUUCUCUUUGCUGUAUUCACUUGUGUUCUAGCACUUGGAGGUUCGAUAAUAGGAACAAUAGGAGGAGCUAUAAAAGGCCAAACCACAGAAGCUGCUUCUGAUGGUGAGUCAUUUUCCAAGGUUGCUUUGUUGACAAUUUUAUUAAAUGGAAAAGUGUUUAUGGAAUGGAUAUGUCCAACUGUGGCACAAGCUUAUAUAAAUUCAGUAGAAGCAGCUUAUGGAGGAGUGGUUUCAGAUAUUUAUGACAGCAUGGGAGUUAAAGGGAUGUCACAAACUUGUAUUAUGAAACUCCCAUUUCAUAAAUUUAACUCUUCCGACAAAAUUAUGAAAUUAUACAAUGAAUCAUGCUGCUUAAUUUGCUUCCAGGAUUUUGAGAACGGAGAAUUGGUGAGAAUACUUCCAAAAUGUUGUCACAUUUAUCAUUUAGAAUGCAUUGACAAAUGGCUAGUACAACAAGGAUCGUGUCCUAUUUGUAGAACUUAUAUUCUUCAAUAG